AUGACAACUGCCAUGGAUAUGGUUAAUAAGAUUAAUCCUGAGAAGGAAGUAUGGAACCUCAAAGUUGGGGUGAUUAGGCUUUGGACUGUUCCUACUUUCACUGGUCAGCUUCUCCCAAAUUCCAUGGAGAUGAUUUUGGUUGAUGAAUCUUUCAGGACCACUGUUAGGGAUGCUAUCUGCGAUUUUAUUCCAAAAUCUGCUCUUACAAUCUCUCCAUUCACUGAACUUUUGGAAACCAAAGAGGAUUCCGAUUUCUUAGUUGGUAUGUUAUGUGGUGGGUCUGUUGGUCUCUGUAUCGGAAGAGAAAGAAUAUGA